CUGUACCGUUGCUGGGCAAAGCUAAGUUGGGGCGCGGGGCCUAGGCAGAAGGGAGCGCGGGGACGCCGAAGGAGGCGCGCUGCUCUCGUCGUCGACUCGCCGCGCCUCUUGCCCGCUAUGGGGCUGGAAAUGGACCCUCUGCUGCACGCUUUGAGUUACUUCAGGCGGAGGAAGUUCCAGCUGUGCUCGGAUCUCUGCUCCAAGCUGCUGGAAAAGGAGCCCAACGACCAGGCUGCUUGGUGCUUAAAAAUACGAGCAUUAACAGAAAUGGUUUACGUGGAUGAAAUUGAUGUGGAUCAGGAAGGCAUCGCUGAGAUGAUGCUUGAUGAAAACGCUAUUGCUCAAGUUGCACGACCUGGCACUUCACUGAAAAUCCCUGGAACUGGUCAGGGUGGAGGUCCUAGCCAAGCUGUGAGGCCGGUGACUCAGACAGGAAGACCCCUUACAGGAUUUGUGCGACCCAGUACACAGGGUGGACGACCAGGUACAAUUGAACAGGCCAUAAGGACUCCAAGGACCGCUCACACUGCCCGUCCCAUGACUAGCGCCUCAGGGCGAUAUGUCAGGCUUGGAACGGCCUCUAUGCUCACAAAUCCUGAUGGCCCGUUUAUAAACGUGUCUAAACUCAACUUAAAUAAUUAUGCUCAGAAACCAAAGUUGGCAAAGGCAUUGUUUGAAUACAUUUUUCACCAUGAGAAUGAUGUCAAGAAUGCUUUAGAUUUGGCAGCAUAUGCCACGCAACAUGCUCAGUUCAAGGACUGGUGGUGGAAAGUUCAAAUUGGGAAAUGUUAUUACAGGCUAGGAUUAUAUCGUGAAGCAGAAACACAAUUUAAAUCCGCUUUGAGACAACAGGAUAUAGUAGAUACAGUACUGUAUUUGGCAAAAGUGUAUUCCCGCUUAGAUCAGCCUCUGACAGCUUUAAAUGUUUUCAAGCAAGGAUUAGAUCGGUUUCCUGGAGAAGUCUCCCUCAUUUGUGGUAUUGCCAGGAUCCACGAGGAAAUGAAUAACAUUUCUGCAGCUGCAGAGUGCUAUAAAGAUGUCUUAAAACAAGACAACACCCAUGUGGAAGCCAUUGCGUGCAUUGGAAGUAAUCACUUUUAUUCUGACCAGCCGGAGAUAGCAUUGCGGUUUUACAGACGGCUCCUGCAGAUGGGUAUUUAUAACAGCCAACUCUUCAACAACCUGGGCCUCUGUUGUUUCUAUGCCCAGCAGUAUGACAUGAUUCUCAGCUCCUUUGAACGUGCCCUCUCUCUUGCUGAAUGUGAGGAGGAGGCUGCAGAUGUGUGGUACAACUUGGGACACGUAGCUGUGGGAAUAGGGGAUAUAAGCUUGGCUUAUCAGUGCUUCAAACUUACAUUGGCCAACAACAAUGACCAUGCAGAAGCUUACAAUAACUUGGCUGUGCUGGAGAUGCAGAAAGGCCGCAUAGAGCAGGCAAGAGUGUUUCUGCAGACUGCUGCCCGGAUAGCGCCUCAUAUGUAUGAGCCACACUUCAAUUUUGCUGUACUGUCUGAUAAGGCUGGAGAUAUCCAAAGGAGUUACGCAGCUGGUCAGAAGUCUGAAGAAGCUUUCCCAGAGCACGUGGAUACGAAGCAACUAAUCAAACAGUUAAAACAGCACUUUGCCAGACUUCGGUGAAACACCUUUGUCCCUCAAAGCUACUGACUUGUGCAGUUUUGCAGAGCAGAUGAGUUAAUACUUGAAUCCUCAGAAUGUUAUUUAUAGUGAAGUAUUGUUUGUGCAGACUAGAGGCAGAGCUGUUUCCUUAAGCAGAAAGUGCUAGUCUGCUUCCUUCAAGGGAAUGUUUCCCCCUUUUAUUCACCAUCUGGUUAUAGUGGUGCUCCAACAUUUUGAACAGUUAAUAAGCUGAAACAUGAGCUGUCAUGUUGCUUAAGUUGUUGCACCAGAGCAAGUCUAGCAUAUGACCCCUUUUUUAGAAACAACCUACGGUAUUUGUAUAAGGCACACUAAAGGUUCGUCCUUGGGUCGCCAAUUCCUUAAGUGUAAACUGAUGCGUUCAGGUUCUAAAGAUCUGUCCGUGCCACCCUUUCCCACACAUUUCUGAUGAUUUGGGGGCCAGUGUAGGUCAUACAGCAAGUGUAGCAGUUGGAGUCAAAACUGAACCAUCAGAUCAGGGUUUAAGGCCCAAGCAAAGAACGUGAGAAGCUGUUGCCUUUAUUCCCCCCGAGAGAAGAUACUUUUGAGUCAUGAAGGUGUAUGUGUGUGUAAAGGCUGCUUGCAUGAGUGGAGCACUUUCCAACGAGAAGAAAAGGCAGACACAGCAGGCAGUUGGCAUCUAUGAAAUACCUCCCCUCCAUUACUUAUCCUCCUUCCUAAACUGUAACUUCCACUAAGAAGGUGAUGGAGAGGUAGCUAUUCCUUCCAACCAAAGAGAUGUGAGAAGUCAGAAGAUACUGCAGUUAAAAAAUAAAUAAAUCUGUGCUGGUUUUGGAUAGUUGGUGCUUGCAAACGUUUGCUGGAUGCUCUUUUUUUCCUUUUAGUUUUUUAAAAAAGCAUUUUCUGGAUUGUCUCCUAGUAUUGUAUUCAGAGAAGUAUUGUUUUGCUUGUAACUCAAAAGGCAGCUGUCCCUUUAGUUGUGUCUAAUCAGUUUGAACUUGGCUAACCUUCCCAACCUCUUGCCUUCCAGAUGUUAGACUCAACCUACCAUCAACCUCACCCAGCAUGGCCAUUGGUCAGGGAUGAUGGGAGCUCUGGUCCAACAACAUCUGGUGGGCAGUAGGAUGGGGAAGGAUGAACUAGGCCAAACAUUUUUUAUGAUAUGCCAUGUCAUAUUUUUUUGUUCUCCUUGUUACAAACCAGAAGGGUUUUUUCCAUUAAGCUUGUCUCAGAAAUGCUUUUUCAGAAGAAUCUGGUUUAAAAUUAAGUCAAUAAGACUAAUAAAUUGGGAGAAGUAUCCCAAGCUAUAAUUUAGGGUACCUUGUGAGUUUAAUCUUCUUCCACACAAGCCCCUUCAAAAUGAGCAGGUAUUAUAUAAUAUCAGCACUUCUAAGAUGAAAUAUUGUGUCUAUAGUUGAGAAACUAAUGAGGAAGAGGCAUAAUUAGCCGUUUUAAAAUGGACUUUGUUUUGGUUUUUCACCUAAAAUUUAAAAGUAUCAACAGAAUAUGUGCAACUGUAGGCCAAUAUAUAUGUAAUGCUUCCCACCUAGAGAAAUUCAUCAUAUAGGUUAUCUUCCAAGCUAGGGUUGGUAUGUUAUGAAAGAAUAUCUCUUUACCAGUGUUGGUAAAUAAAAGACUGCCACCAGUUUUCUCCAUCAUUCUUUUCCAUAAUCCAGUUGGUCAUUCUUCUGCCCCAACUGCUUAAGUAAUUUUGCCCCAUUCUAAUUGCAGGGAGUGCAGCAAUUUUAAGCGUACAGUACCAGUUCAGUGGGAGAGGCAAUUCUUAUUCCUUUUAGGUUCAGCUUUACAGUAAAACAUGGGUCUGUGUUAAUGUUACUUCUAAUUUUUCACUGCAUUCCACAGUGAUUUAUUAUAUUUCAGGCAUUUAAACCUAAAUUGUCAUUUGUGAAGCUAUUAUGUAUAUUUAACUUUUAAUACUAUUCAUAAUAAAGCUUAGUCUAUAAUUUAUUAAGAGUCCGUUUUCUCUUUUCAGUGGGUCACAAACUCUGAAAAUUGAGGAAUGGCUUACAUUUUAGUCCCCGUCCCCCCCGAGAAAAUAAUGUUGCAAAUUGAACUUGCUCUUAUGUUUGCAAUUCCCAGUGGAAUUGAUGGGGUCUGAGAUUAUGGGCAUGAGUUCAAAGGCACUUUUGUGUCCUGCUUAACUUUCAGUUAACUUUGUAGUUUGCAAAUUUAAAUUUUUACAAGGUGUUUUUUUUUUUACAAAACACAUUACCUUUAUUUAAAGCAUAGUCAUUUGGAAAGGCUUGAGUUUUCAGGGGAACCUAGUUAGCUUUUGAAGUAAGUGAAAAAUGACAUCUCUGUCCUUAAGGGUCCCCAAAAGGGAGUAAAGAGGAAGCAGAGGCAUAACCAUUUUAAAAUGAGAGAUUAAAAAAAAUAGUGAUUUUGCUGAAAUUGUAAUUAGCAUCUUGGAAUGAGUCUCUGAGAAGGAGUCAGCUAAGUUGAAUCCGCUUCCUUUCAAUCUAAUAUAGAUAUUAACAUUUUGGAAUAUAGAAGUACAAAGUUGGGUCAAUUAAAUUGUGUAGCGCUUUAACAAACAUCAGCUUGAAGCCACUAAUAAUCAGUCUGGCUAGCUAGCUGCAUGCUGGAUUUGUUUGCUUAAUAAGCUAGUUGCUGCUUGCUCUUUUUACCCUUUCCUUCCCUUAAGCAAGGGGAUGCCAAUAUUUGCAGAGAGCUGGAUGCAUACUAAUUAAAGCCAAUGUGGAAAUGAGAACACAGCAGCACUACGUACCACAGGAACAGCAGAUCCUCAUACCAGGCAGUUGGUCAUGGAAGGAUGUCUCGGUUUUCCUUUAAUUUGCAUGAGCACCAAUAGGCAGGCGAAUAGGCUGGCCCUGGAGCAAGCUGCCUUUAGUAUGACAUGGCAUAACACAAAGCGUCAGAAAUGGUAUCCAUCUCUCUGGGAGAAUUCUGUUCAGACGAUGUGACCUCUUCAUACAGUUGCAGUAUCCCUAGAACACAGCAGUGCUUUGUGCAUUUCCUAUUUUAAUUUGUAGCUACUGCUAAGUAAAUUGUUAUUAAAUUAUUUAAUUGAUCUCUUCCCGUGAGGCACCCCCAAAGCAAUUUACAAUAUGUGCAGUGCUGGGAAAUAAAUGAAAAGAUAGAUAAAAACCAGGAAAUAGAAGAAGAAGGAGGAGGAGGAGGAGGCAAGGGAGAGCGGGAGAGUCCUCGUGGCUCAUAAGGAGACCUUCCCUGGACCCUGAAGAGGACUUCAGUGAGGGUGGAGGAAGCCCCAAAGAGACCAGAGGUGCAGCAGAGUUGUUUAGGCUGCUCAGCCUCCCUGCCUAGUAGCUGACAGUGUGGUAGCACAUCAGCUGGCGAUUUCCCUGCCAAUCCCAGAGCUUCAACUCAAGUGUGGAGAGAGCAAGCAAAUGUGCUUAGGGGGUGCUCCCCACUUGCACGAUUUUCACUUAUGUGCAUGGAGGCCUGGGACAUAACACCCACAUAAGUGGGGGACAACGACAGCGACACACCUGUAUGAUAACAUAUAAAACAGUUCCAUAGAUAAAAGCAGUUAAAACAUAUGAAAGCAUUUUUUUAAAAAGUGCAUACGCACAUACAGAAAGAGCGAUUAAAGCAGCUCACACAUUGUUAUGUACUGAGCUGAAUCCUAGAACAAUAGGAUUCAGAAUCAGCGGGAGCUACCCAAUCCAACUCCAGGUGGAAGUGAAUCCGCAACCUGAUUGGCCUGCUGGAGCAGCCAAUCAGGCGGCUGGCAGAAGUGAAUCUGCUACCUGAUUGGCCUGUAGGAGCAGCCAAUCAGGCUGCAGGCAGAAAUCAAUCCACAAUAUAAUUGGCCCACAGGUGUAGCCCUGAAGUAGCCAAUCACGCAAGGCCCAUUGUGUAAAUAAUGUAUAUAAGCAGAUGGUUUUGGGAAAAGAGCCAUUCGUCUUCUCUUCUUCUCCUUGAUGAAUAUGAGCUGAAUAAAGAGCAUGAAAUUCACUCUCGACUCCGAGUAUAUUUCACACAUAAAAUCAAUUCAAUGCUGAUACCAACUGGAAUAAAGAAGGCUUAUUGAAGGAGGAAUGUCCAUAUGCUAAAAAGGCAUCUGUCUGAUAUAUAAUAGGAGGGAGUUCCAAAUGGAUGGGGGUGGCGCUGUGGUCUUAACCACUGAGCCUCUUGGGCUUUGGCGGUUUGAAUCUCCAUGAUGGGGUGAGCCCCCAUUGCUCUGUCCCAGCUCCUGCCAACCUAGCAGUUCAAAAGCACACCAGUGCAAGUAGAUAAAUAGGUACCGCUGCGACGGGAAGGUAAACAGCGUUUCCUUGCGCUCUGGAUUCCGUCACAGUGUUCCAUUACACCAGAAGCGGUUUAGUCAUGCUGGCCACAUGACCCAGAAAGCUGUCUGUGGACAAACGCCGGCUCCCUCGGCCUGAAGCGAGAUGAUCGCCGCAACUCCAUAGUUGCCUUUGACUGGACUUAACCGUCCAGGUGUCCUUUACCUUUUUUUUAGGAGGGAGUUCCAAAGGGGAGGUGCCACAUUAAAGGCCCAAUUCUGAUGUCAUGUCAGACCUCCUGAUAGGGUGGUGUUUGCAGGAUGCCCUCUCGCAGAAUGCACUGAUCAGGUGCUUAUGUGUGGGGUUAUGUAUUGGAUGAGAUGAUCUUUUAGGUAUCGUGGUUCCAAAUGGUAUUGAGCAGGGUUUCCCAAACGUGGGUCUCCAGCUAUUUUGGACUACAACUCCCAUCAUCCCUGGCUAGCAGGACCAGUGGGUAGGGAUGCUGGGAACUGUAGUCCCAAAACAGCUGGAGACCCAAGUUUGUGAAACCCUGAAAUAAAAGCUUUGGACACCAAUACCAGUACCUUGAACUGAGCCUGGUAGCUAAAUAAAGAAAAUAUAGUUCUCUUAGUCUGUAGGGAAAAUAGCCAUUGACUUUCAUGAGAGUCAAAAUUGCAAUUCCUAUAACUAGAGCUGUGUGGUUGCAUCUUAGUGAACCCCAAAUCUUACAGCUGGACAAAAGCCUCAAAAGAGGACCCAGCUUUGGCACCUGCAACUGUUUCAAGGAGGGCAGUUUUGUAGUAAGACUCUCAGCAGUCAAACAAGUGCAACACACACACACACACACACACACACACACACACACACACACACAAACACACACAAAUCCAGUUCGGAAAUAUGCCUGAAAGCCAAAACGAAAGAACGUAAGAGGGGCAUGACAGCACUGCUUAAGAAAAGGGCUUCCAAGUAAGGGAACUUGGAAAACCUAAUGUUACUUCCCCACCACAACCACAACCACAAAACCACCCCAGACUAGAGCAGUCCUGCAGGACAGAGACCUAUACUGGCAAAAGCAACAGCCUGGAUAAUGAAGCAGUAAGCAAAGCUGCUUUUCCAGCAGGUGGUCAGGGUAAAAGAGAGAGCGAGUCCACUUACCCCGUUGUGUGACAUUUUUAUUAAACUGCAGGAAUUCUGAACGCUGCUGCUUCCCUGCAGGCAACUUGUUUUGUUCUUGAGGUUUGCAUCACAUAAUUUGUGCACUGAACUGUACUCUACCCUUCGCUUUGCUUGUGUGUGUGUGUGUGAGAGAGAGAGAGAGAGAGAGAGAGAGGAAGCCAUUUUCAGUUUGCCUUUGAGCCAGUAUGUUUAUAGGAGUAGGAAAAUGAGGCAUGGAUGAGAACCUUUUCAGUUCUCCCAGCUUCUGCUGUAAUGUGAAAAGUGGGACUUGUCUACUGUACUACAUUGCCUGGAGUGGAAUCCCUGAGCUCCCAGAUUGACUCCUGCAGCUUUGAAGGAUCUCACAGUAAAUGAGUCCCAAAGUCCUACAUAUCACAUUAAGAAGUGUGACUUUUAGGCUCCUACUUUAUCCAGCUCUAUUUAACACAGCUGCCGCAAAUGCCCAGUUACCCAUAUUGAACAUAUAUAAUGGCAGAAGUCCAGUUUUGUGUCUCUUAAUCGAGCAAUGACUGCUUGAUUCUUGUUAGAAAUUGAAUGCUACUAUUCUGAGUGUACAAGAUCUAUUAAGGGCAGUCUUGAUUCCACGUGCAAGAGCAAUGAAAGGAGACCAACUUCAUGAAGGUGUUAUAACUGGGGUGUAUAUAUAUCCUGGGGUGUUAGGGGAGGAGGAGUACCUUUGGUGUAGACACAUAUUGCUCCUUCUGGAGUAGUUUGUCCACCUUUGAUCCCCACCCUGUACUUAGCUCUUACCUUUGGGUCCUAGAAGCUGUCAUCAUGCAACAGCGACAAGACCCCAAGAAUGGUUUUGACUGGCCAGCUAAACCAGGUGAGGGUAGCCGAAGGGUCUCAAACCCUCCGUGAGAUAGGAAUUUCCCCUGCGUGUGAAGACGGCUCUAGUGCAGGCACCCCCAAACUGCGGCCCUCCAGAUGUUUUGGCCUACAACUCCCAUGAUCCCUAGCUAACAGGACCAGUGGUUGGGGAAGAUGGGAAUUGUAGUCCAAAACAUCUGGAGGGGCGAAGUUUGGGGGUGCCUGCUCUAGUGGAUUGAGCAGACGAAACUUGUAGCGGAUCCAACGGUUAAGAAGGUGGUUUUUACACAUGCUGUAGAGGGAAGUGAAGUUCAGAUAUCAACCUGGGAAGAUAACCCACCUAGGAGAAGGGAAACUCUUACCUUAAACCUCCACUGCCUUAUGGGACACCUUUGGGAAAAGAAAAGGCUAAGGAGUAAACCCUACACAAAUCCAGAGCGGAGUCCCCAAGACAGUUGGAUGGUGUCUUCCUUUUUCUCCUCCUUCCAGCAACUCCUGCAGCCAAGCUGGUGCCAGACUUAUUCCUCUGCUUUCCUUUGGACCACAUCAGCGAGGCCAAGAGGGGAGUCUUGUCAUCUGGGCAGCCCAGGACCUCCAUACACAAUGCCCAGGCUUGCGCCCUGGAGAGGUCUCUUCAGUGCUAUUAAUGCAGUGGUUUGACUCUACCUCCAGACAGAUGGAUGACAACAAUACUGUACAGUAAAACCUCAGUUGUCGAACGUAAUCCAUUCUAGAAGCCUGUUCGGCUUCCGAAAUGUUCAACAACAACCAAGGCGUGGCUUCCGAUUGGCUGCAAGAGCCUCCUGCACUCAAGCAGAAGCCAUGUCGGACAUUCAGCUUCCGAAAAACGUUUGAAAACUGGAGCAUUUACUUCCAGGUUUUCACCGUUUGGGAGCCGAAAUAUUCCAAAACGGAGGCGUUUGGGAGCCAAGGUUUGACUGUAUACUGUGGCUACACUUGGAUGUUCAGGUCUCAGUUUAACAAGCCUAGAUGCAGAAAUAAGUAUUACAGGGCUCUUACUUUGAAGCAUGUCAAAAGAAGCUCUAACUAUGGCAUUCAAGUACAUAGAUGUCUUCACAGAAAAGGAAGCCCUGGCCCAAUCAUGAUACCCCAGGCUUGUCGAUUAGAAGGUUGGCGGUUUGAAUCCCUGCAAAGGGGUGAGCUCCUGUUCCUCUGUCUCGGCUUCUGCCAAUUUAGCAGAUUGCAAGCACGCCAGUGCAAGUAGAUAAACAGGAACCCCUGCGGCGGGAAGGUAAACGGCAUUUCCAUGUGCUCUGGUUUCCGUCAUGGAGUUCGUUGCGCCAGAAGUGGUUUAGUCAGGCUGGCCACAUGACCCGGAAAGCUGUCUGUGGACAAACGCCGGCUCCCUCAGCCUGAAAGCGAGUUGAGCGCCACAACCCCAUAGUCACCUUUGACUGGACUUAACCGUCCAGGGGUCCUUUACCAUACCCUUUUACCUACCCACUUGUGAGGAGAACUCUGUGCAUAUACGUGGUACAUGCAUAGAGCCCCCCCAAAUACACUUAUAGUGUACAGAUAGUGCUUCCAGGUGCAGCAUGAAGCAGGAGUUCGGAGCAAGCUCAGACAUGUUUUUCAUGCUCAAUUACAUGGCAGAAAGAGAGAGGAAAGGGAAGAGAAGAAGCCUCACCUCACUUCCUCCCUCACCAAAGGUAAAGGGGCAUAACCUGAGUCUAGCAAUGCAACUCUGUGGUCUUAACCCCUUCAUGCAUCAACUAGCACUCAUGUAUAGUUGUGUUUGACUGCAAUUCCCCACAGAAAGUGUGUGCAUCUUUUUACAAACUGAAUCUUAGAAAAGUAUUGCUGAGCACGCUUCGCUCUUUCUGAGAGCAUCUUUGCUCUAUGUCUGCUUGACUCUGAUUUUGGAAAUGUUAAAAUGAGUCUGACCUAAAUGUGAUUCUGACCGGCUUUUUAUUAAGCCCACAUGCCUGAUGGAUUAUUGCAUUGCCAUGCAUGGCUGGCUUCCACUGUACUGUGCUGUUAUGUAAACAGUUAUUAGCAAAAACUUGCUUUUUUUAAUUGAUGCUGUCUCAAAUGGCAUCAUUUGCCAAUACAAAUGGAAAAAUAUUAGGCUAAAAUGUAACUGUUCAACUCAUCUACCCAGAAAGAUAUAAUUAAAUAAAGGAUUACAUAACUAUAAGACCUGGGUGAUGCUAUACCAAAGGCAUUCCAGUUAAUAGUCUAUUUUUUUAUGAAAUGUAUCAACAAGAAUAAUUACAUUGUCCCUGGAAACUUAGCUACAUGCAAUGUGAUGAAGCAGUGGGAUGCUAGGAAAACAAUAUUAAAAGGUCAAUCUCAUUAAUUGGAUGAAAAACCCACUUGGAUAUGCUUGUGAGCCAGAAAAUAUUUCUAUUCAUUUUGGCUUAUUAAAGUAAGAUAUUACUCCUACGAACUUGUUUACAUUAUGACUUUUUAACGCCUCCAGGUUUUUACAUAAUUGCCAGUGACAAUUGGCGACACCCACCUUGUGCUUGAUUGGCUGUUCUGCGCCAGGGCAGCGAAUCACAAUGCAGGCCUCGGAAGCCUAGCCCGCAUUGUUAACGCAAACUCAAGCUCAGAGCGGAGGACACACUAAAGAAUUUGCGUCACACCCCUGCAAAUGCAGACACUAACAUAGCUUUCCACUAACUUCUUUUGGUUAUUUCAACAGUUGGUUCAUCUGCAAGCCCAAAACGGGUCUGUUGCGUUGAAAAUUAGAACGCUGCAACUCUGGCUAUACUUACACCCCUCUCUUCCUCUAAGGAGCUCAGCCCAGCUUAUGCCUGGUCUCCAGGCAGGCGGUCUUCCAUUCAAGCAGCUUACAAGGUCAGACCUGCUUAGCUUCAGUAGUAGAACAGCAUUACUUGCCUUCAGAUCAUUUUCUGGUUGAUUUGUUUUUAUUCUCCGAGAAAGCCAGGGAGUUCUAUAAUUUUGUAGAAACCCUACAAGGUAGUAGGUUAAGUCAAGAGACAGCAAGACUUGCCCAAGACUACAGAAAAUCCAGUUCUCUCUCCAAGUCCGACAUGUUAACCACAAUACCACACAGAAUGCCUCUGUGCAGGGGCGUAGCAAGGGGGUGCGUUGGGGGCAGGCCGUCCCGGGUGUCACCCUGGAGGGGGGUGACACUCAGUGCAACUCCCAAGCCGAGCCCCGCUGCUUUGAGGGCGCAGCGUCCGUGCGGGCUACCGCUCUCGCACACCAUCUGUGAGUGAUAGCUCAUACAUCUGCAGUCCGUAUGGGGUGCUGCACAAGCGCCGCACCGGGUACCGUCUGGGCUUGGUACGCCACUGCCUCUGUGGAGGCGUUUAGUGUGGCAGCACCUACACUGUGGAACUCCCUGCCUAUUGAUAUCAAGAAGGCUCCUUCACUGUACUCUUUGUGGCGCCUGCUAAAAACAUUAUUGUUUUGGCAAGCCUAACCAGAUGCUUAGAAACUUGAGGUAAUUUAAAACUGUUUUAGUAUUUUAACUUUUGUAUGCUUUUAAGUAUGGUUGUAUUUCCUCCCCCCCACACACACCUUGGUUUCUUUAUCUUUUUGUAAACUGCUGUGAAGUUACAGGUAGGUAGCUGUGUUGGUCUUAUGAAAUAAAAAUAAAUAAAUGAAAUGUUGCAGUGUGUGCUGAGUCUGACUACUACCUUAGGGCUUCCAGGUACACUUAAAAAUGACUUAACUAUGGUCUCACAUUACAUCUACCAGGGGUGGGUGGAGAGGAGUUGGUUGUUUUUGUUCUUAUUUUGAUUAUGUAUUCUGUGUUUUUAUAUUGUGAUUUUAUCCUGUGAACUGCCCCGAGACCUGCAGGUAUACAGGGGAAUAAUGAUAAUAAUUAUCAUCAUCCAUUCGUUUAAAGCACAUGGCUUUCGCCAAAUAAUUCCAAUAAUCACCAAUGAUAUAUAUCAGGCAUCCCCAAACUGCGGCCCUCCAGAUGUUUUGGCCUACAACUCCCAUGAUCCCUGAUCCCUAGCUAACAGGACCAGUGUUCAGGGAUGAUGGGAAUUGUAGUCCAAAACAUCUGGAGGGCCGAAGUUUGGGGAUACCUGAUAUAUAUAGUGUAGACGUAUCCUGACUGUGGCGGAUGAAAACAUUUAUUAUACGUGAAGGUAAAUGUAAAGGGGCCCCUGACCUUUCAGUCCCUGGUCCAGUCGCGGACGACUUGGGUUGCAGCACUCAUCUCGCUUUACUGGCCGAGGGAGCUGGUGUACAGCUUCUGGGUCAUGUGCCCAGCAUGACUAAGCUGCUUCUGCCGACCCAGAGCAGUGCACGGAAACGCCGUUUACCUUCCCGCCAGAGU